GAAAAAAUAAAUAAAGAAACAGUCGUCAACAUGGCGAAUUACGAAGGAGGAGCGCCUUCGGCGGGGGAGGUCGCAAAUUGCAUCAAAGUUUCGAAGAAAAGACGACCUGGGAACAGCAAUGUUCUUGAGUGCACAGUCUGUGAAGACGUCUUCAGCUUUCAAGGUGAGAAGGUGCCACGCCUUCUUCUGUGUGGACACACCCUCUGUCAUGAAUGUCUAACACGCCUCUCUCCCCAUGGCAGAACGUUGCUCUGUCCAUUCGAUCGACAACCAACUGAGCUUGGUGACUCGGGGGUUUGGGGUCUUAAGAAGAACUUUGCGUUGUUGGAGCUCCUUGAGAGGCUACAGUCGUCAAGAGAAGGUUGGACUGCCUCUCUGUGGACAGAGACUAGGCACUGUUCUGGUAUUAAGAAUCUAAUACCAUGUGAUGAGAAUGAAGAACACAUUGCGUCCAUCUACUGCACUGUUUGCAGUACGCACCUCUGCGCAGAGUGUGCACACAGUACGCACUCAACACGCACUCUCGUCAAACACAAACGCAUCCCGCUAUCUGAGAAACCAAGAGAGCGUCCCAGCUGCCCCCAUCAUCCGCCCCACCUUGUAGAGUUUGUAUGUAUGGAGAGUACUUGCCAGGCUAGCCCCUUGAUGUGCUUUGUUUGCAAGGAGUAUGGCACCCACCAGGGUCACAAGCAAGCGCUUCUCCAACAAGAAGCCGAGGGCAGACGGAGCAUCAUCAUAGAACUUGCCCAGAGGGUGCGGCCAUUCACUGAAGAAGUAUCCGAAGUUGCAAGACGCCUCUCAGAGGUUAUUCAACAGAUUGAAGGAGGUGUUCAGGUUGUGGAAGAUUUAGAUGGGAUCGCUGAGCCCAGACAUAUUCCAGGCACAGCUCAGGUGGCCAGAGCCAAGGCACAUCAUUACUUCCAGGAGCUUCAUGAGACUCUUCAACGCCAGGAGGAGGUUGCCAUGAGCGUGGUUGACGCCCAUGUACGUGAGAAACUCUAUAUCUUGAGACAGCAGCAGGAAAAUCUUGCUACGAUGUUGACCAGCAUCAACAGCAUGUGUGUGGAGUGUGAACGCUGUGUGCAGCAGGAUGAUGCUAGGGUGAUCCAAGCCAAGCCACAGGUUACAGUUCUACAGGAAACACUACAGGCUCAACAGCAGCAGUUUACUGACAUGCAUGAACAUGUACAGCUUGAUGCUUGUAUCCCAAUAACAUUCACUAAGGAUAACCGAGUUCACAUUGGACCUAAGAUGGAGAUGAGAGUUGUUGUCUUGGGUCUAGACAAUGCCGGCAAAACAACUAUUCUCUUCAAGCUCAAACAAAACGAGUUCAUUCAGACCAUCCCUACAAUUGGAUUCAAUGUAGAGACAGUUGAAUACAAGAAUGUGAAGUUCACCAUCUGGGAUGUUGGAGGGGAUACCAAGCUAAGACCAUUGUGGAAACAUUAUUAUCUCAACACACAAGCUCUCUUGUUUGUAAUUGACUCUACGGAUUCAGAGCGUCUUGAUGAAGUCUACGAUGAACUGGCAGCUCUAAUGUCUGAGAAACAACUCAAGGAUGCUCUGUUGCUCUUCUUUGCCAACAAACAGGACAGCCCACAAGCUCUGAGCGUAGAUAGCAUCACAGAUCGCCUUGGACUAACAAAGCUUUGCUGUGGCCGGAACUGGUGUAUCCAGCCUAGCAACGCACAGACCGGAGCCGGACUGAUAGAAGGACUUGACUGGUUGUCAAGGCAACUCAUCGCAGCUGGAGUAGUUGACCUGGCUUAAGUAUUGAAAUAUCAUUCAUGUCCUUUUAUUUCUCUUUGCUCAAUUUUGUAAAACUGUUGUUACAUGUUUUGUAAUAAACCUGCAUGGAUUUGUUUUUUGAUAAAUAACGAAAAUAGAUUUUACUUUUGUCAUGCAAAAGAAUGCACCAGAAAUGUGUUUUAAAGCGCAUUCUGUGGAGUGUUGUGCCCAAAUGGUCAAGUGCACUGGACUCAAUUUAUGUUCUUGUUAAAGUGUAGGUUUGCGUCCUGCUCAUGGUAGGCUACUUGUUUUGCAUAAUGCAAAUAAAUUAACCCAGGACACUUUGGUUAGUAGAGAAGGGGAUCACCCCGCUGUAUCUGGCAUGGUUGGAAGUAGCUUGCACUUCAUCACAUUGUAGCAAGCUGCUGUAUAAAUGGGUCUGCACCUAAAUUAGGUUGUAGAGAGAUGGUGGUGUAUUUCUUUAGAUUGGUGUUCUGUUACCUAUGAGGGCAGCAGACUAGGAGUAGCAAUAUGGAGCCAUAUUGGUCUAAUCUGAGUUAAUCAAUAUUUGACUACAUAGUUUAUUUUUUUGCAGUGGAACACAUUUUGUUGUUUUUAAUUUGAAUUUCUGUAUAAAAACAUGGGUUUUUUUUAUCUGUAAAAAACUAAUGUCAUAUUCUAGAGGUUUAAUUUGAAUCAUAUUUAUUAUGUUUUGUUAUUUGUGUAAAUAUCAAUUAAUUACAUUAAAGCUGGAGUACAUUGAGGUACAUUUGAUUGAGUUAACAGUAAUGAUACAUGAUGAUCAUGUAUCAUUGGAUUUUAUCAUUUGGAAAUCAGUGUGUGACAAGUUUUCUUUUGUUUUGGUUCAGUUCUUUUCAUGUUUCUUGGGGUAAUGUUUACUAAUGGUAUGAGAAUGUACAUUACUUGUACAUUGCUGUGCAAAGUGACAUUAAAACUGACUAAAAUGACUGGGAACUAUAUGAAUAUAUAUCAUAAGAUGUUACUCUGCUCUAAAGAUCUUAAAUAAGGUCUUGAAUACACGGAUGCGAAUGCCUUUAUUGCUCCUGGUGUUGGCCUUGGUGACCCUUCAAAAGUUUCCCAUAGACUUCACAAUGGAAGUGCCCUUCUCUUGUAGUCUUUAAACAAUCAUUAUUUGUCCAUCAAUUACAUAAUUUCUUUCUUGUAGUUAUGAUAUUAUGUUGACAAAUUUCAUGCAUAUUUUGUACUUCAAAUUGUGAAACUUUAAGACUUUAUAAAAGCCUUUUGUUUAAUAUUUCUUCUUUACAUUUAGCGACUUAAAUAUGACAUCACUAAGCAUAAAUAUCCGCUACGUGGAUUGAACUUCUUCAUUCCAUAGAAAAUUUAUUUAAAAUUUUCUUAUCAUCUUUCAUCAAGUCAAGCGAGAAAAUAAUAAGUAUACAGGAGGUAUGACGGUGUCAAGAUAACCCAGGUGGAGAACCACACAAUAAUCAUCAAAGUAACUUGUGAAUCCUACAUGGGCAAGGGACAUCUGAAAUGUAACUUGUGAAUCCUACAUGGGCAAGGGACAUCUGAAAUGUAACUUGUGAAUCCUACAUGGGCAAGGGACAUCUGAAAUGUAAAUUAUUGUUCAUUUUAUUCAAUUGUGCACAAAUAUUAUGCAUUUUACUAAAAUCUUAUAUCUGCAUAGUUUCAUAGCAGAUGAUAUCAACAGUAUGCUAUUGAGCUGAUCGACAUGCCGAAGGAGCGGACCUGGUGAGAGAAGUUCUGAACUAUAGCAUCGAGUCGUUCCAGGCCAUCCCCACCCCAGUGAUCCGCCUUAAUCAAGUACAUGUCUUUAUUGGUGUCAACAUCGUGACAAUGUGUAGAUAUAACAUUCAAUGGUCAUUAAUUUGCAAUAAAAGAUCAUGGCAAUGCA